AUGAAUCAUCCCCAAUCUCGGGUCCAUACGCUUACAUUAAUUUCCAUUUCAUCCGACGUGAUUGCUGAUGUGACUGGCGUCGAAAUGCCAUGUUCUAAUAACUGCAUAUCAAAUUUUGAUGAUUUUGGUUAAUCCAAGAGCUUCCUUUUAAAAUUUUUUCAUAUUUUUAGGUUUGUUCGUUGAGAAUCAAAAUAUGAGCGACGAUAACAAGGCGGUGGAAGUGGCUGAUCCUGUUCUUCAAGCCCAUGAAGAUGCCAAGGAAGCUGGAGAUACGGCGAUCAAGCAAGAUGCCCACGACCUCUCAUCAGGCCUUCAUGAAUUGUUGGAGGGAUCCAAACAGAAAUUAGCUGGCGCAGUCGAGUCGGUAAGAGUCCCAUUAUUCUUGCCUAAUAUUUUAGGUACAUCAUGGUUUGGUAGAUGCGGAGGAAAAGUUGGAACAUGUUUUAGAAGAGAAAGGCCAUGCUAUCGCCGAAGGAACUCAGGCACUUCUGGAAACUGCUUCUGAGAGAGCAAACGAGUUGAAAGAGAGCGUAAGUAAAACAGUUUGAGCUUUUGCAAAAGAAAAGAAUUGAUUAGAUAAUGUUAUCUGUUUGUUUUAUUUGUUUGGCGGCUCUGACCUUUCAACAAGCCUUUAUUUAGAUUGACCAGACUGCUGCUAAUGCCCGAGAUGCUAUUCAAAGUGCAGAAGAUUCCGUCCACGACAAAGCGGAACAUCUGAUUGAUGAUGUUAAGGACUUGACUUCAACUGCCGCCUCUGAACUCCAUGAAUAUGCUGAGAAGGCAAAGGCUUUGGUAUGCCCCCAUAUAUUUUAUUGUUUUAUUCAAAUUUCAGGCUCACAAUGUAGUUCAUCCGCAGGAGGAGGAGACCAAAGUUGAUGGAGAGGUUGCUGAGAAAAUCAACGCCGCUGUGCAGGAGGCAGAAAAGAAAUUAGAAGAGGUUCACAAUGACAUCAUUGAUGCGGUAAGUCGCGAUUUGUUCUUUUUAUGUUCUUGUAGACCGCUGAAGUUGUUGAGGACGUUCCAUCUGCAGAAUCAAAGUCAGAAGACUCAAAGGGAGAAGAUGAUGCUGCUACAAAACUCGAAAAAUUGACAGAGGAGGCCGGCGCUUCGGUAGGUUUGAUUAAAAUGAACUACGUUACCUUUACAGGUUACGCAAAUUGCACAAGAGGCUGUCGAAAAGGUAAAUGCCAUUCUGGAAACGGCCGAGAAGAAGAAGGAGGAAGUAGAAGAUGAGUUUGUGAAGACUUUGAUAAGUCACACAUCCAAAACCCCGUCUCCACCUCCAGAGAAGGUCGAUGAGCCAGAAAUUCAAAUUCCUGAACCAAUUGUUGAUCUCGCCACAGAACAUUUAGUUCAAGAGGUUGAACCAGUCGUAGAGCCAGUACGGGAGCCCACUCCCGAACCUGUCAGGGAGCCCACUCCCGAGCCAAUCAGAGAGCCAACCCCAGAACCAGUGAAGGAACCCGAGCCAGAACCAUCGCCUGAGCAAGUCAUCGAAACCACUCCAGAACCUAUUCGCGAGCCAAGUCCCGAGCCCCCACGGGAGCCCACUCCAGAACCUAUCCGAGAGCCAAGUCCGGAGCCCGUCCGGGAACCAACUCCAGAACCCAUUCGAGAGCCGACCCCGGAACCCAAGAAAGAGUCAGAGCUAGUUCGGGAACCUUCUCCUGAGACAAUUCGAGAGCCCACUCCCGAACCGAUCAGGGAGCCAACUCCAGAACCUGUCCGAGAGCCAACGCCAGAGCCGGUCAAGGAGCCCGAGCCAGUAAAGCCUUCUGAAUCAGAAUUUGCACUCCCAGACGUUGCUGCGGUGGAGGUCAAAUCCGGACCGGCGGAAGUUAAAGUGGAAGAACAGAAGCCUGCUGAGGUUAAGGAAACCAAGACUGGACCUAAGAAUGAAGGUAGGCAUUAUUUGUUAUCUCGAUUAUUCACGUUUAUCUAGCAAGGAAAGUUCCCGAUGUGUUUUUGUCUUUUUGGCGCAAUGAUAGAGGCUAUCAUAGUAAUUUAUGAAGAUUUUAGAGCAGAUUUAAUGUUUCUUCCGAGAACAGCAAUGGAGAGUUAGGCUUUUGUCCGACUGGGCCCUUCUAGAGGUGGCAAUAGGGCCGGCCCGGUGUUUGGUCCGGGCUCGGAUCUAAGCAAAUUUGAAAAUCCCUGGGCCGGCCUGAUCACUUCAACAUGGAAGGUUGAAUUCUUGGGUAUUAGAGUAACCUUUUCGACUUGUACAUUUAUUAUAGCAAUUUUUUUAAACCCUUUCAUGUUCUUGAGCAAUAAUCACCGCACCGUAAUAUGUCCGGCCUUUCGUACUAGGGGCUUAACAGGGACGGGCGCCUAACACCUUCGGGCCGGGCCGCGAAAAUCGGCUCGGCCGGUUUGCUUUUUUUCUAGGCCUUUCGGGAAAUUCCCCUGAAUGCAUUGUCGCAAUCUUGCGCAAUCGAUGCGAAAGCGAAACAAAAUAAAACAUAAACAAAGGGCGAGAAAGCCAAAGAAAAAAAUAGUUUGUAAAAUUGACUGUGUCGGUGAACAGUGCCCAAAAGCGCGCUCUAAUAUUUUAGCUAUUACAAUUUUCAAAGAACUCAAGACGUCACGCAUCAAGACCUUGCAUUGUAAACAGAGAUUGCCACGGUCAAAAUUUCGGCUCAGGCUCUUAGCUCCCAGAGCCGGAGCCGAGGCCAAAUUUGCAGCUCCGGCUCUUGGCUCCGUGCAAAAUUUAAAAAGGCUUCCGGCUCCGAAUCCCGGCUCCUAUGCAAAAUGUUUUUUUUAAAAUAUUUUUCCAAAAAUAAAAGUUAUUAGCGCCAGAGAUCAUACAGCCAACGUUUUUGCAGUCAAGUCACAUCCUCCGCAGUGUUUUCCAAGCAAUUUGGUUUAACAAGAUCACGAAAUUUUUACUUUUCUGACCGCUGGGAAGCCUGGCUCCGACUUUGGGCUCGGGAGCCGGAGCCGCUCAGAGCCGGAGCCAAGAGCCGGCUCCGGAGCCGUGGCAAUCUCUGAUUGUAAACCAAUUUUCUGUUUUAGAAUCUUCACAAGAACUUCAAGCCAACCGCCGCGCCACUCUCACAAACCGGGCAGAGGGUGCCAUCCAGGCCGUCCGUCGCCGAUGUGCCAUCCUCUGA